CACGCCCCGAGAGCCACGCCUGUAUGUUGUAUUUUGUUUUCAAUUUGAGCAAUCCCCACCCGUCCCGUUUUCCAGGCGGAAGAAAGUAGCCUCCAGGCUCUACACCAGGGAGUGGACCGAGCGGGACCUGGCGGAUUGUAAUUCCUCAAAAUGUCAGGUGCAGACCCCACAGCCCCUGAGCAACCUGCAGAUAAGAUGGAGAAUCAAAUACAAUCUCCUGGUCAAGAUGUCCCUCCCGCCUACAAUGCCCCUUUUGUACCUGGUCCUCCUGGACCUGGCAUACCUCCACCCAUUGCCUACCCAGUUGGCUUGCCUACUGGAUACUAUAAUCCACAUCAGGCUAGUUCCUUUCCCUUGUACCACCUAGCAACUGGUUCUCAACCUAUUCAGUACCAGCCUGGCAGGUAUCCGAUGCCAAACCAACCUCCUCCAGUCACAUGGAUGCAGUUGCCAACCCCCAUGCCAAACUGCCCUCCCGGUCUGGAAUACUUAGCACAGUUGGACAACAUACAUGUUCUUCAGCAUUUUGAACCUCUGGAAAUGAUGACAAACUUUGAAACGAAUAACAGAUAUGAUGUUAGAAACAACCUGAACCAGAUGGUUUACUUUGUGACUGAAGACACAGAUGAUUACACCAGGAACACUUACCGGACACUAAGACCCUUCGUCCUCCGGGUCACUGACUGUAUGGGCCGAGAAGUCAUGACAAUGCAGAGACCUUUCAGAUGCACCUGCUGUUGCUUCUGUUGUUCCUCCUGCAGGCAAGAGAUGGAGGUGCAGUGUCCCCCUGGUGUCACCAUUGGCUUUGUUUCAGAGCAUUGGAACCUCUGCAGGGCAAUCUACAGCCUCCAAAAUGAGAAGAGGGAAAGUAUGCUCAAAGUUCGUGGACCUUGCUCAACUUACGGCUGUGGCUCAGAUUCUGUAUUCCAGAUCAACUCCCUUGAUGGUGUGUCCAACAUCGGCAGCAUUGUAAGGAAAUGGAAUGGUGUGUUGUCCACAAUGGCAGAUGCUGACCACUUUGAAAUUCACUUCCCACUAGACCUGCAGUUGCAGAAGAAAGCCAUGAUUUUUGGAGCUUGUUUCCUCAUUGAUUUCAUGUAUUUUGAAAGAUCUGCAGCACAGCCCAACCACCAACACCAUCAUUAAUAAAACUAAGUGGACACAGAAGAUCA